GUGCUGCAUGAGGAGAGUAACUCAGCGCAAUGUUUACUGUUUCCUAACUUUUGGGGGAAAUGCCCUCAACAAAUGAUUAACUGGCUGCAUGUAAACUGGCUCUCAGCUCUGCUUCGUCUUGGUGAUUUAGUUUGUGACAAAAUGGGUUGGAGAAGAUAUUUUGGCUUUGUUCUCCUGGUUUGGUUUCAACGACUGCAACAUGUGCGGCCGUCGGAUCAGCCUUGUUCAGCCCCCGAACUGAACGGUGGAUAUUUGGUCCCUGAACAGAGCUCUUAUGAUCAUAAAACAACGCUCUACUAUGGCUGCGAUAACGGACGUAAACCAGCAGUUGAGGGCUGGUGGGCGACAAGCACUUGUCUAGAUGGCAUAUGGUCUCCCAAACCACAAUGUAUAGAUGAAACCGCCUGCAUAGAACCACAUAUACCCAAUGUAAAAGAAACCACUAGUGGUUGGUACAAUAAUAAAUACAAAAAGAGGAUAGAAUGUCUUGACGGAUAUGACCUCAAAGGCAACGCUGCCACUACCACAUGUACCAAUGGAACAUGGUCCCCUGUGCUGGUCUGUGAGAAAAAUAUCAAUUCAUGUGAGGAGCCUCCUCAAAUCCCCCACGCAGUGAUCAUUCAUCGGGGAUACCAGGAAAUCUUUCCGGACAGUACAGAAUUGGAGUAUGAAUGUGAGGAUGGAUAUUCUGUGGAUGCCGCAAACUCCAAAGAAUCUCUCUAUUGCAUAUCUGGAAACUGGAUUCCAAGCCCACCAUGCUUGUGGGGGAGAGCAGGUGGGGGGCGCGGUACAUCCACUGGCACUGAGACACAACCUGAAGGACACACCACAUCUGAUGACAGAGGGACACGGGCUGUGGUGAGAGUCACAAAUUGUGCAGAACGCCCCACGGUUGCUAAUGGUGAUGUUGUGGAAAUUGGUGAAAUGUUUUUGAAGUACCAAUGCAACAAUUAUUACAAACUAGUGGGACCAGAGAAAGUGGUGUGUUACAGCAACGGUCUGUGGUCAGAAGUACCCACCUGCAAAGCAAACUUCUGUUCAGUGGACACUGAUCGAGAUCCUAAAUUCAUAAGUGACGGCGUUAAAUUUGUAGGGAAUGGUGAGAAGUUGAGACUGGAAUGUGAGGAAACGGGCAUCUUUGUUCAAUAUUCCGACGGUGUUUGCACCGAUGGAAGAAUUGAAUUUUCGGCCUGUUGUAACCGGCUGCAGUUAAGGACCGGUGUGUGCUAAGGCUGCAUCGCCAAGGGGAAGAAUCUGCUACCUUCAGGACCGGCUACAUCCAGCUAGUGUGCGAAAUGAGAUUACUCAUAGCGAUCUGUUGACAGCAACGUAGUGUAGACUUCUUUGUAGGCUUGAUAAUGCAAAAAUAAGUUCUAAAUAAAUUCUUGGGAUUCCAGCUGUAAUCUUUC